AUGCAACGAGGCGAGAACUUUGAGGGCGAAGCUUUUACAAUCAUCACAUCGACUCUCUGCUUAGUGCAAGAAUAUUAUAGUCAGCAGGCUCGAAAUGCGAUACUCAAUCGUGGAAAUACCUCAGCCGAGUUUCUAAAGGGGAGACAUCGAUAUGAGAACUGGUUCUAUACGGUCUCUCGCUUGCUAUCCGCGGUGACGGGCGCUCGCAGUCUCUAUCUCUCGUUUUGCAAUCUUUUAUGGAAUCCCUAUCGAUCAUUGUACGAGACAAACGAGGCACGGAAUCGCUUCGAGCAAGACUUACAAGCAACUACUCUCGAUGAGCAAAAGAGGAGUUUCAUCAUCAAAAACCUCUAUCGAAUCGACAACAUCGACGGCUUUUAUGCUGAGUUGCUUGAAACGAAAUCGACGGCCAAAUUCAAUCAAAAUGGCUUCUCGGUGAACGGGAAUCCAGAAACCACCCCUGAAAUCUACAAUCUAAAUCAAAAAGACAAGGCGUUUAUUGACAAAAUGUUUUCGAAAAAAGCCGCUGAAAAUAGCUGCUCGCUCUUCGAAAGAUUUUGCAUUUUUCUGGGACUUAGAGAAAAACCCGAAGUUGUGGAUAUCUCGAAAAGUACUGAGAAUAAAGAGCCUUUGAGUGGAAUGACUGGUUUUGGUUUAUCCGGCAAUGGCACUGUAUUGACAACGAUCAAUAAAUGGGAGGAGAAUAAGGAAAUCGAAGCAGUCAAAAAGCCGGUGGUGAACCUUGUGAAGCAAAUUCUCAACUAUGUGCGAAAUCGUCGUUUCGAUUCGACAGCCGCCGGCCAGGAUGCUCGAGAAAUCCUCGGCAGAGUGCUUGAUCUGGGAAAACUGGCAAUUAGUGAUGGCAAAUCGUUGGAUGAAAUGAACGCUGAAAAGAAACGAAUUGAACAAGAAAAAGCUACGACAACGGAUCAAAAUCGGCAAAAAGAAUUGAACGAGCAGUUGUACAAACUCGAACUAUCGACUUUUGGCAUGAGAUUAUUACGGGAAGUGAGCGACCAAUUGAGGAAUGACCGAGGACCAUUGAGGAAUGACCAAGGAGACGCCACAAUUUCGCCUCUCAAUGAUGGAAAGAAUAAAGAAACUUCAGCUUCCAAGGAGAAAAGUGGCGUUGAUACUUCAACGAUUAGUGUUGAAACUGACGAGACGUCUAUUGAGCCAAGUCCAUACAAAGACGGAGCAAAACUAGUAGAAGAUCAAACUCCUAGAACAAUCACCAAAACAAAAAAUAUUACUUCGAUCAAAGUGACACUGCAGAGACUCUAUGGAGUUCCUAGCUAUCAAGAUAUCUUAGCACAUAGUAAAAAGCCAUUUGCUGGAUUCAUCGACUCUGAUCUCCAGCAUUUUGCUGGGUAUUUGGACAAAAUGAAGCUAGCUCCUUUGUUCAUCGAGGCUUCCGUGCUCGUUUUGUCAGAUUUGACUUUAACACAAAGCGAGUUUCGGAACGCCAUGCAACUGUUUAUUGAAUAUUUGGAGCAAAAAACAUCCCAAGGUGGAUAUGGUGAAAUCGAAGAGCAUUUACAACUUUAUUUGGAUGACGAAACCACUCUUCAGCUCGCCAAAAAGUUCUUUGUUGACGUGAAAAAGUCAAGCGAUGAGAUCAAGGCUCGCCGUCCGGAGCUUCUGAUUAGCCAGAGUGGUUUUGCGAUUUACAAGAACUAUUUAGCAGAAUUUGAAAUGGGCAUUGGCCCAUCUCUUGGCACGCAAGCUCAUCAGAACCACCUAGAAAAACAUCUCGAUGGUAAAAGGCGCAUGCUUAUGGAAAAUGGAAGCGUCAAUGGAGGAGAUUGGACAACAAACUUAUAUUGCACUAUGGACAAGUUGGAUCAACAAAUAGCGCCACGCCGGCGCCGCUUCGGAACAAGCAUCUACAAACGACAA